AUGUGCUCUACGAGGGACCCUCCGAACACUUCCCUACAGCGCGUCUUCAUCGAAAACCUGGAGUGCCAGACGAUUGUCGGUGUGAAUCCUGAGGAGCGAGAUGUCCGGCAGCCAGUCGUAUUCAAUAUCACUCUCGAUGCGUUGCCUCGCCUGAACCAGCCCGUGGAUCUCGGGGACUUGACAUUCGCAAUUCAGGAGGACGUAUCCAAUAGUUCGUAUCUGACGAUUGAAGCUCUCGCCUCAUCCGUAGCACACACCGCACUUUCGCAAUGCACAGAUAAAACUGCGCGUGUAAAUGUGCGCGUCGCGAAGCCAAAGGCACUGCGUCCGACUGCUGAGGCGGCAGAAGUGGAGAUCUCACGAACACUGGAGGAUUACCAGCACGAGCUCCGUCCUGCAGACUCAUCGAAUAUCGCAAACGGUUCGCUGUCGGUAUCAGCGCGCAGCGAGGGGACUUCGUUUGCGUCUCUUCUCGCUUCGGUCGGGGAGAGAGACAAGCCUGUCAAGUAUUCUCAUCGCGCUGCGAUAGCUCUAGGCGCGAAUCUCGGCGAUCGUUUUGCCAACAUCGAACUGGCGCUCCGACUUCUGGAGUCACCUCCUCGAGGUGCGGGGACGCCUCAAGCAAUGGUGGUCGACACGAGUUUCAUGUACGAGACUGCACCGAUGUAUGUGGCGGAUCAGCCACUGUUUAUCAACUGCGCAUGCAUAGUCGAGACGGACAUGAGCCCUUUGGAGCUGCUUGACUUUGUCAAGGAGAUCGAGACCACCGUUGGGCGAGUCACUUCCUUCAGAAACGGCCCGCGAGCUAUCGACCUUGAUAUCCUCACGUACGAUUCAGAUGUCUUUGACUCACGACCAGUCUCAGAGCGGGAAACGCUGGACAACUUGGCAGGCCAGCUCGUCGUGCCCCAUCCGCGCAUAGCAGAGAGAGAAUUCGUUCUCCGGCCGCUGAAUGACAUGAUCCCAGAUUAUGUUCACCCAACGCUGCGCAAGCCAAUUGGCGCCCUCUUCUCUGAGCUUUUGAUGCGCUCAAGCUCGGACGCUGCGCCCAUGUACAAAGUCAUGCCCUUCCCGCGAUAUGGAUUGCCUACGGACCCGCCCUCGCGGCCUUCCUCCCCGUCAUUGGAGGACGCCCCACCUGUCCCACCCACCGCUGCGUAUUGGACAUACCCGGUGACGCGGAGCAAGGCCAGCCACCGGCGCACGACGUACAUCAUGGGGACGCUCAAUGCGACGCCAGACUCGUUCUCGGACGGCUCAAAACACAAUAAUAUUCCUGCUGCACUGGCGUAUGCGACAUCGGCGGUGGCUGGCGGUGCUGCGAUCGUCGACGUCGGUGGUUAUUCUACCCGCCCGAGGGCUGCGUACGUCUCGCCGGAAGAGGAGACGUCGCGUGUCGUGCCUGUCAUCGAGGCCAUACGAUCUAUCUCACAGAGGGAGGGCACUGAAGACGCUUUACGCUCGAAGACGGCACAUGUCCUGAUCAGUGUGGACACCUUCCGAUCUGACGUGGCAGAAGCCGCUGUACGUGCUGGUGCCAACUGCAUUAACGAUGUCUACGCGUUCGUCGGUCCAAGCUUCCCACUCACGGAGGCUUCCGCGGAGCACUUCCUCGAGAUGCGCCGCGCCGCACGCGAGCUCGCCGUCCCGGUGGUGCUCAUGCAUUCACGCGGGGAAGCGUCCGCGAACAAGGACUACUCGCAGUAUGCGUACGCCGCGGACGCGCACGGGCACGGGGCUGUGCUCGAAGGCGUCAGGGUAGAACUGGGCGAGAGGGCCGAGGCAGCCGUGAAGGGCCCUGGCGGGAUCCGAAGGUGGAACGUCAUCGUCGACCCAGGCAUCGGUUUCAGCAAGACCGUCGAGGGUAAUCUGGAGUUGCUGAGGGACGCGAGCCAGCUCACAGCCGAGACGUGGCGUCGGCCGGGGAGGAACCCGCUUGCGGAAUAUCCGCAGCUUAUCGGGGCGUCCCGCAAGUCGUUCCUUGGGACAAUUCUCGCCCGACCGGACGAGGGGGGCAGUUAUGAGGGACGGGAGACGAAGGCGAGUGAGAGGAGCUGGGCAACGGCUGCUGCGGUCAGUUGUGCGGUUCAGCAGAGAGCAGAAAUCGUGCGGGUGCAUGAUGUCCUGGAAUUAGGUGACGUUCUGAGAAUCAGCUCGGCGAUAUGGGAUCUGUAG